AUGAGCAGCCAGCUCACAAAUAGUCUUGGCUCAAGAGCAGCCGGGAAAGUGCUAGCCGAAAUUGAUACGGCGUCCAAAACCUCCGAGACCGAGAAGGCUUUUAGCAUCUCGAAAGGACCUUUUGGCGCGUUCAAGUCUGUAAAAUGCAGAGAAGUCCCUUCAAUCCAGCUAUCACCAUCGCCUACUUUGCCGAAGCAUGAUGAUAGCCUUCUUGUCGAUCCUGAACAUGAUGGCUUUCAGUCGCAAAGUGACCUACAAGAGGCUUUUGGCAUGAACUGGUCUUUGGAUGAACUCGAUGGGUCUUUUCAGUCAUUCCUAGGCUGCUUAGACCUCUUGCCUGCCCAGGAUGAUUCCAUAACCGCCUCGGACCCAUUUUCAGCCUCAAUGCCUGACCUUCAGUCAGACUUCACCGUUGACAUAUUGCCAAUGAGUUGGCCGGAGCAUGUAGAGGACACUGAUUGUGGGGAAGACGGAGAUAUCAUUGUACCUGCCACCAAUUCUGUCGAGACAGACAACAAGUCGGCCACCUCCCAUGCUGAUGCCGCCGCUAUUGUGGCGAUCUCACCUGCAUCGUCAUGCCUCGGAGCUUUUACUUCACUCUCAAAGGUACCUGAACAGGCACAGGCGCUUCUGCGCUACUACAAGAACCAUGUUGGAUCUACCAAAACUUGUGGACGGGGGAAUUUCAAAUCAGCGUGGCAACUACUAUUCCUUCCGUGUGCCUUUGAGACGUUUGCGGAGUUGUCAGUUCUGAAUGAGGCAUCUCAAAGUCGGCUGGCAAUCCUGUGCGCAUUACUUGCUCAUAGCGCCUUUCAACUCAACAAAACGGAUUUAACCCCGCGCUACCCGAAUUACUGGCAACAUCUGGGUAACAAACACCAAGAACGAGCUCGAAUGCAUUUCAAGAAUGCUGUGAAGAUAGAGAUCCACGAUUCUGGAUUGAGCGGAUACAAAGACCUAUUAAUGGCCUUAAUCGCUAUGGCCAUGGGAUCUUUGUGUCAUGGAAGCCGUGACUCACGCGUCUUUCUGCUGGAUGCUGAACGUUUGAUACGAGUGAAAGGGCUUUCUGGCCACAACUCUGAGAUAGUCAGAGUCCUUCAUCACACUUAUACCUAUAUGAGGGUAAUUGCAGAGGCUACUUACCCCUUCUUGGAUUCUGAAAGCGAGUCUGAUCGCACAAGCUUGCUUGGAGUCGAAGCAGUCGCACCCGGUAGUUUCAAAAUUCGCGAGGAGUCCCUUAACACAGGACUAGAUCCCAACCAAGAGAAGAGCGAGACAGUCGGGUAUGCAGACAUACACCUUGAGUCACAAGGUCUUUGGCGGGAAACAUUACAUUCGAACAUACACGGCAUCCCUGAGUCUCUCAUGACGCUGCUAGCUCAGACGAUUCAACUAAGCAAUGAGAAAGAUCACCUCGAAACUCGCGCACGCAGCAAUCCGAAGCUUGCUGGUGACCUCAAAACGCACGUCAAGACCCUGGAGGCAAGAAUAUGGACCUGGUCAAUUGAAUCCGAAAUAGCAGUACUAUCUGUGGCCGGAAAAUCGCAGCCCAUCGAUAACGAGGGGAACUUAAUCACCCAACCUUCUACACAGUCAAUGGUACAAGCGAUGCAUCGAGCGUUGAUCAUCUACUUCUAUCGCCAUAUACACGAUGUUAGCGCCAUGCUCCUCCAAACCCUCAUCCAUCAAGCUUUGGGGUACUUGGAGUCUUGUCUUGAUUCAAUGGUCAGAGGCGAUGACUUUGCGCUUGGUAUUGCCUGGACAGUCUAUGUCUGUGCGAGGGAAUCCAUAUCUCCAGAACUUCAGGAGAGAGCACUGAAGUGCAUUAGCAUUACUGAUGCCCGAGGACUGCAUCUCACUUCAAAGCCUUCUGCUGAGGCAGUUUCGUUGCUAUGGGAGAAGAGGCGGCCACUGAAGUCGUCGAUUGAUCAUAGUUUUCUCCUGAAAGAAACCUUAUGCAUUGGCUGA